AUGGAUGGUACUACGUCUUUCGAAAGCCAUCCCAACCAGGCCUCCCGAGGAAUACCAGUCCGACCGCCGCGGAAGGUCGUUUCCAUCCCGGUCAGAUUCGUCGGGUCGGAGGAGACGACCCAGAUGUCCAGAACUGCCUCCACUUUGAAGAUCCAGAAGGUUUUCAGAGGCUUCUUGGUGCGCAAGAGCUUGAAGAAGAUCCGAUUCAUAGGGCGCCAAGUUGAGGAGGUGGAAACGAGACUCUCGCGGGGCGUGGAGGCUGUCGAGCUGAUUCGAAGGGACGCCAAAGAGCGGAUCCGAGUGAACGAGGAGCUCAUGGCUCUGCUCUUCCAGUUAGAUUCGAUCCGUGGUGUCGAUGUCGGGGUCAGAAAUUGCCGGAAGGCCGUGAUUAAGAAGGUGAUAGCGUUGCAGGAGAGGGUCGACAACGCUUUUGUUGUUGUUGAAGUUCCGCAAGUCGAAGAACAGUCGGCUGAGGUUUUGAUGAUUAAUUCCGAUAAUGGCGCCGUGGCAGUAGAAAUUGAGGAAUCAGAUGAAGGUAAAAAAGGCGCAGCUAGCAUUUCAAGUAACCGAGAUACGGAAUCUGCGGCUCCAAUUUGUGAGCAAAAGGAUAUAAUAAUCGAAGCGAAAGGCGGCGAUGGUGAGGGGAAGACAAAGGUUUGGGAGAGGAUGAUGAUGGAUAAUGAAAGCAUGGUGAAUUUGGUAAAGCAGCUGCUUGACAGAAACGAGAUGCAAAGCCGGAUGCUGAAUUCGCUGACGCAGAGGGUAGGGGAACUGGAGAGGGCCGUCGCAUUGACCGCUUGA